AUGAACGUUGACCCUCUGACGGGCGCACCGCUGCCGUCCACCGCAAUCCAGCGCAUUCUGUACCUCGCGCCCAAAGUGCACAUAUACCAGAUCCCACCGGCGACGUCGACAAAAGGGUACCAAGCCUCUACGUGGACGGCCAACAACAAUCAGCUACAGAUCUUCACCGCGCGAUUACGCAUCGUCGAGACCUCGAUACCCAGCGCAUCCUCGGACGACGCAAGCGGCAACGAUGACAACGAAAAAGUAACGACGACAAUCCUGCUCGAAGACCCCAAGAACGGGGAUCUUUUUGCUGCAGCACCGUAUACUAGUGAGCGCACCGUCGAACAGGCACUGGACAGCAGUCGCUUCUUCGCCAUCACCGUCGUAGGCGAGGGCCGCAAAGCUGUGCUAGGCAUGGGCUUCGAAGAACGCAGUGAAGCCUUCGACUUCUCCAUCGCCCUCCAAGACGCCCGGCGCGUACUAGGUUUCGAAUCCAAAUCCGCCUCAUCCCUCUCCUCACGAUCCUCAUCCAAAACCUCUGCUCCCGUGGCUGAAGAAGUAAAGCGCGAUUUCAGCCUCAAGGCCGGAGAGACAAUAUCGAUUAACCUUGGCGGACUCAAGGGCCGGCGGUCGAGGAGCCAUGAGAGCGAUAAGAGCGACGAGGGCAAGAAGAGCGAUCAGGAUGCCCUGUUUAGUAUAAAACCGCCACCUGGGAGCGGGCCUGGAGGCGCGUUUUUGCCCCCGCCCCCCAGUGCGAAGAGUGUGAAGGAAGAGAGAAGGAGGAGUAGACAGACGUUUGAUGCGGCGAGCUUGCCGCCGAAACAGACGGCCGAGGAUCUAGGGUUUGAUGAUGGAGAGUUUGGAGAGUUUCAAUGA